AUGGUGGUGGACUGGAACAAAGGGGCGGCCAACCUGAACUACUUCACCGCUGUGGCCUACACAAGGGAGGCAGCUCACAACCUGACUGGGUUCAUCCAGACUAUGGAGGAGGGGGGAGCAUCUCUGAGCUCAGUCUACUUCAUCGGCAUCAGUCUGGGAGCUCACCUGGCUGGAUUUGUUGGAGCAAAUCUGAAGGGGAAGAUCGGACACAUUACAGGUCUGGACCCAGCUGGGCAGAUGUUCAUCAGCGCCACCCUAGAAGAGAGGCUGGACCCCUCAGACGCCAUGUUUGUGGACGUACUUCACACCGAUAUGAACUCCUUCGGAAUGAGAGGAGCUCAUGGUCAUAUAGAUUUUUACGCCAAUGGUGGCGCAGACCAGCCAGGGUGUCCCAGAACCAUCUUCACAGGCAAAUCCUACUUUGUAUGCAACCACCAGCGCUCCGUGUUUCUGUUCCUCUGCACUCUGAACCAAACCUGCAGCCUCACAGGUUACCUCUAUUUGUCCUACAGGAACUUCCUGGAUGCCCGCUGUUUGCAGUGUGACGCCUUUAAGCCUGCUUCCUGCCCUGUGCUUGGUUAUGAUGUCAGCCAGUGGCGGGAGACUCUGCUGCGGCUUGGACAGACCCAAGUCUUCUUCAGCACCACUGGUACACUGCCCUACAAGAGUGAGUCCAACAUCUUCUCACAUAACAUCUCGCAAGAAUUGCAGAUGUUUUAUGGAACAAGACUCAAGGCUGUAGCAGCUGUAGGAGGACUGUCUGUGUGCCACAGAGCUGAGCUACUGAGUGGACAUAGUGACAUGGAACCAGUAUCUCCAAUGGGGGUUGUCUACAUCCGGCUGCACAGCAGGAGGAGCUUCACAGAGGCCCGAAUAGACCAGUGA